CGGUUACAUUUUUUACAUUUCCCUAUUUGUAACCCAUUUUCGCCUAUCCUUCUUCACCUUUGUUUCGCGGCGCCGGUAAUCAGUGGCGGAAGAAUCCUUUCACCGGUAAUCCAUUGCACCACUGCCUAUUCGCAGGUAAUCAAUGGCGGAAGAAUCCGUGCUAGGCCAUCUCCAAGGAGAAAGGAAUCGACCACGAUGAGCUCGUCAACGUCAUCAAAAGUCUCAACUGGUGGUCUCGGUAUUGCUGCGGUCAGAUUCCUCCUCUCCUCUGCUGCAUUCUUCUUCUUCUUCUUCUUCUUCUUCUCUUAAUUACAGUUUUUUUAAAUACUACUAUAAUUUUUUCUCAUGUAUUGAAGUUGCAAAUUCAGUCUGUAGUGUAUUAGAUGAGCCGAGUUAAGUUGAUCUAGCAGCAAUCCAGCUGUUUUAUCAGUUGAAAUGAAGUUUGAAUUAUGGAUGGAUUUGAUAGCUUAGACUACUUCAGUAAUAUAAUGUAUUCGCGUAGUUAUAGGAAUUGAUAUAUAGUAAAAAAAUAAACUAAAGCAAAAUAUAUAAACUAAAAUAAAAACAGAUUAUCAAAUUCUGAUCUUGUCUCUUUUAAAUUCUAAUUUGGUUGUUUCGUCAGAUCUUUAGAGAAAUGUUUCAUCUGAAAAUGAACAUUUAGAUUUCUUAUAAUGUCACUAAUAUAUGUUCAUCUGGUAGUAUGAAAUAUGCUAUUGUGUUAAUAGAAUUUGGAGAUAUUGAUGCUAUAUUUUUUUUCUAUUUAUUGUGUUUAACUGCGUCUCCUCUCACUCCGUUUGUCAGGUGGAAUUAACGAAGCAGAACCUGAUUAGUGCAUAUCCUGCGAUAGACUUAAAAUUGAAAUUUCUGUUUAAGGUCACCCAAGUCUGUGCCGCAGAUGAAGAUGAGCAGAAAAACCUCUGCUUAUGCAACUGAUCUGAAUCGUAGAAGACAGAUUGCUUCUCCUGAAAUCGGUUAUUAUGUUCGACCAUUCUGUUCGAAUUUCCACCGUUUCAGUGGCAAUGAUCAACUCUUUUCAUCUGAGCCGCCAAGAUUAGAUUUCAGUUAUGUUAGAGAACUAGAUGAUGCUAUUCACUUGUUUCAGCAAAUGAUGAGAAUGCAUCCACAGCCUUCUGUUUGCAUGUAUAACAAUCUGUUGAGUGUUGUUGCAAAAAUGAAGCAGUAUCCCUUUGCCCUCUACGUGUUUGAUGAAAUGCGUCGAAUAGGUGUCCCUGUGAAUAGCUACACAAUGAAUAUUACGAUUAACUGUUAUUGCCUUCAGAAACGUGUGAGUUUUGGUUUCUCUGUAAUGGGCAUCUUCUUGAAGUGCGGUUAUGAACCAGAUGCCACAACUUUCAACACACUUAUUAGAGGGCUGGUUUUAGAUAAUAAAGUCUCUGAUGCCAUGAAAAUGUUUGAAAAGAUAUUGCAUUGUAGAAUGCACGAGCCUGAUGAUAUUACAAUUUUGACUGUCAUAGAUGGGCUUUGCAAAUCUGGGCAUGUUCUCCUUGCCAACGAUUUGCUUCGUAUUCUAGAAGAGAAAACAGGAUUGAGACCCAAUGUUAGGGCAUAUAAUGCAAUACUUGAUAGCUUAUGCAAGUGUGGAAUGGUCAGUGAUGCUUUGCAGCUCCUGUCCAAGAUGGUAGGAAAUGGUGUUACACCUACUAUAUUCUCGUAUAAUUCAAUGAUUCAGGGCUUGUGUGACGCUGGUAGACUGCAGGAUGUUCAAGACUUGUUGAAUCAAAUGGCUGAUUCUCAUAUCUCUUUGGAUGUUGUUACUUUCAGUAUAUUGAUCCAUGCAUUUUGCAAACAAGGGAAGGUGAGAGAGGCCGAGGCUUUGUUGGAAACUAUGCAGCAACAUAAUAUUUUUCCUGAUGUUGUUGCUUAUAGUAGCCUAAUAGAUGGCUACUGUUUGCGAGGGCAGAUUGAUAAAGCAAAACAAUUAUUUGAUUCUCUAGCAGACAGAGACCUCAAGCCUGAUAUUGUGUGCUAUAACAGCUUAAUAAAUGGAUUUUGCAAAAAGGGGAGAGUGGAUGAAGCUUGGCUUCUUUUCCUUGAAGUUUCUCAUAAAGGUUUGAUGCAUAAUACUUUUACUUAUAGUACCAUGAUACAUGGACUAUUUAGUAAUGAUAGAUUUGCUGAUGGAUGGAAGCUUUUCAAGGAUAUGAAGGACCACCUAGAAAGUCCAAACCUAAUUACUUAUAAUAUACUAUUGCAUGGGCUAUGUAGGAAUGGGGAGAUUGAUGAAGCUUUUUCAUUGCUGCGCAUGAUUGAAGCUAAUGGAAUCACUCCUGAUAUAGCCUCGUAUGCUACUCUUAUCAAUGGAUUAUGCAUGCAUGGAGAACUUGAUAUUGCAAGGAAUCUUUUCGACCAACUUAAGCCUCAUAUCAAGUUCUAUAACAGCUUAAUACGUGGAUACUGCAAGAAGGGAAGAGUUGAUGAGGCUUGGUUUCUUUUCCUUGAAGUCCCUUUUGUAGGUUUGGAGCAGAAUACACAUACUUAUAAUGCCAUGAUACAUGGAUUCCUUAGUAAAGAUAGAUUUGUUGAUGCGUGGAAGCUUUUGAAGGAUAUGGAAGCUCGACGAGUAAGACCUAACAUCUUCACUUAUAAUAUUUUAUUGGAUGGGUUAUGCCGAAAUGGAGAGAUUGAUGAAGCUGUUUCGUUAGUGCAUAAGAUCGGAGAGAGAGGAUUUGAUCCUGAUUUAGUCUCAUAUGGUACUCUUAUCAACGGAUUAUGCAAAAAUGGAAAAUGUGAUGCUGCUAUAGAUCUUCUCAACCAACUUAAUUCUACAGGCCCACAACCUGAUGUUCGAAUGUAUACAAUGAUCAUUGGCUCACUUUGUCAAAAAGGGUCAAUGGAGGAAGCAAAACGUUUGCUUGUAGAGAUGGAGAACCGCGGUUGUGCACCCGAUAGUGUGACACACAAUGUUAUUUUCCAUGGUUUGCUAAAGAAAAAUUGACCCUUGCGCCAUUCAUCUCAUCGGUCACAUCUACGUCAAUGACAUUAAUAGUGCAACUGUGCAAGGUUCUUAUGGUAGAAGAUACCGUUGGCAGUGAAAGAGAGCCAUCCAGAAGUAUCAGCUGUGAGGAAGAUUGGGCAGAGGCUAUUCGUGAGUUUAUCUGGUCCACAUUGUCUGGGAAUCAUGGUAGCUUUCUCCGGGUCGUGUAAGUCCUCACUUUCGUUGAGAACAUGCUUUGCGACGUUAUCCAGCUGGGAGGAGCGUUGCUUUGCUUGUAAGCUAUGUGAAACUAUCUGCACUGCUCAAGCAAACACCAUUGAAGCUGAUGCGCGUGAAGAUAGGGAGAAGAAGGACAACUAGGUUAUUGAGAUCACCUCGACUAUACUGUGGUUUCUGCCAAGAAGCAUGAUUGCCCACUCGAUUCCAUUGUGGAAGGACCCAACUUCGAAUUCGCUACUGAGACUCAUGAGGUUGCUACCAAUAUCUGCAUCUAUGCUAUAUUAGUGUUAACUGAGGAAAUGUAUACAGCAACUUCAAAUCUAUAUUAGACGCACGAGGAACUUCUCUACGACAAGGAGAAGCUGCUAUAAAAUGGUGACCGGUGGGAAACUGAGAUUGCGGAGAAACCUCUGUUCCGAUUUCUGAAAACCUAUACCGUUAAGGAGUGGAUCGGCCUGCAAAAAGCGUGGAGUUUGAUCUCUUAAUUUCUGAAACGUUUGAAUAAAGGGAUAAUUUUGUUUAUGCUCCCUCCCUCCCCCUUCAUUGUAGCCUGUAUCUUUUUUCACGAGAAAUGCAAGAAAACAAAGUACUUAUACAGUUAUACAGUUGAUUUGUUUUUA